UUACGCGGAGGCUGAACGAGAGCGAUCUAAGAUGCUAGCCAGUUCGUGACUGAAUUUAGGUUUUUAAACAUGAGGAGUGAAGAUGUAAUUAAAUGAAACGAGAUGCAGCGCUGUCGUUGCGUAUUUAAAUACAACUGCUAGAAAUGCAUGACACGCGACAAUUGAAACGUCGGGCCAACGUACGAAGAAGUUAAAGUUCUCUGGAUGUAGUUUUGCUCGAAACGUGAUCGUCUGACAGCGAGGUAUACGCGUUGUUUAUCGAGCCUGGCGAAAUUCAGCUGUGCAACAUGGCGAUUAUUAUUUGAAUAAUAAGUGCACGUCGUUUUGUUGUUGUUUCGCUAACGUUGCAUGAGACUCGUGCAUAAUAACCUAAGGAUACAAUCCGUACGCACCAAUCGUAAUAUGUACGUUACACAUCACACAUAUGUAUAUCAUAAUCGCAGAGAUUUAAUAUCAAUCGAGAAGGCUCGAGGAGCGAGGAGAUACGUCCUUUUGCACGUUUCCUGCGCAACUUUGAAUUGUUUACAGCUGGUUGCAGCCCUCGAGAGAUUCGUGUCAAUAAAUUCGAGGAAGCAUUAGAGGCGUUUUGUUUUACCAGAUAAGGGGAACGCAAUUGCACAAACUAUGCAGCAUGUGAACAUUAGCGUAAUAACUGUAGAGCAUUUUAGGAGUCGCAUGGCUAUCAACAGGACCCCAGGCUUAAACAUACUGUGAUAAUCAAAGUGUCACAAUUAGCAGUGUAAUGAGCAGCAGUGGAUACCGUGGGAGAAGCUUUGGACCACGGGGAGCUCGUACAAACGGUCCAGCCAAUGGCUUUAACGGUCCCAGAUUUCCACAUCCUACUUUCAAUCAUCCACGACCAUCGCAUAGAUUAUCUGGCCCAAACUUUGCACCAUGGCAACAGAACAAAAAUUUUCAUCCACAGUACAGAGGCAACUUGCAGUAUCAUCCGAAUAGCCGGGGUAGAGCGGCAGGUGGUCGUGGGAUAGUAAGAUUUUCUGGUUCUGGCAGACCACCGUUAGCUCAGUUUCGUAUGGGUUUUAUAAGAACUCCUGUGCAUACAGCCUCGUUACCUCACAAAGAACAGGUUGAAGAUGAGUCUGUAUUGACACCGCAGACUCCUUUGCUUGGAUCUGAAGAGGAACGUCAGCAGAAGAUUGCAGAAACAGCUGACAAGUUAAAAAAGAAAUUGUCCUCUAUAACGGAAGAAGAGCUUACGAAUUUCUGGGAAGAUGAUUUGUCUGUUUUACCAAAUAAUGAAGAAGAGGAUAUACCAAACAGAGGUAUCCCUGAGCUUAGACACGAUCCGCCUGAACUUGAUCUAACAUUUACUGACUUUAAGGAUAUAGGUAGAAUCGACUGCAAUAAUUUAAAAUGUGGAAACUUAGAUAGUAAACUUAGUGAUGAGAUUUCAAUUAGUUUUGAGAGGAAGCCUGAGGACAACGUUGCAAGUACAAAUAAUGAAGUUAUUAUUAUAGAUGAAAGUAGAGAAGAACCCAUAAUUAUACUAGAUUCGUGUGAGAAAGAUGACCUCAAUCAGUCAAAUGUAUUGGUGGAAGAUGAUAAAUGUCAGGAACAGAUGCAUCAUGAAUUACCUGUUUUUGAAUGCAACGUAGACAAUUUACAAUUGCAAAGUAGCGAUAUUACAGGAAAUUUGACAUCUUCAAACUUCAAUCUUGAUGAUGCUGAUGAAAAAUUAUCUACUUUAAAUGUAGAUGAGAAUAUAACAAAUUUGUCACCAACAGAAUCAGUGGAUAAUUCAUUACUGGAGAAGAUUUUGGAUGUAAAUGACAUAAAAACAGCUUCUACAUCAGUAACUACAAAUAAUCAAGAUGAGUUAAAGAUAGAUUUUCCACAAGAUCAAAACACUGUGCAAGCAGAUGUACAGGAUCAAAAUAGUGAUAUCACGCAAGACAUUGAUGUAAAUGUACAACACAAUGAUCAUACAGAUGAAAAAUUGCUUAAAGAUGAUCAGAUUCAAAAUAGUCCAGAAACAAAUGUUUCCCAAGAGGUAAUUGAUCAAAAUGUGAAAAAUGUAUCUGAAGAAAUUCACUUGAACAUUGUUUGUGAUCCCGCAUCUUCAACGCAUUUAAAUUACAAUGAAGCGAAUAAGUUAAACGACGAUAAGAAAUUAAACAAUCCACUUGCUUUUCAAUCAAAGGUCUUCAACGUAUCUCCUAGAUUUACUUCGAGAACAGAGGGACCUAGAUGUCAUUGGACUUUCCAACAGAAUGUAACAAAUUCAUUCUUCAGAGGACCACAGAGAUUGUCUUUUCAACAUGGUAGCCGGAUCUCUCCGCCAAAACACGUUACAUCAUUUAAGCCAACUGAUUUAGUAUCAGUUGGAUUUCAUCCACGAACGCUGCCACCAUUUAUACGUAAUAUAUCUGUUUCAAGCCAUGACGCUCAGCACAAUUCAAUAGUACCAUUUUCUUCUAACGAUCUGCCUCCUGCCUUUGAUCCAAGCGAACCUCCGCCAAACAUAAAAUCAAAAUCAGGUACCGACUCGUCGAAUAAGCAAGAAAGUCUACAAUCUAUGUCUCGGGAAAAGAUUUCUCAAAACAUUUCAAAAGUUAUAGAGCCAUCAUCUGCCUUUGAUCCCAGGGGACCACCGACUAUUAAGAUUCCAUAUGUCUCGGUGACAAUUGAUAAACAAAUACCUGGAUUUAAUCCGCAACAGCCACCUCCGAAAAUUCAUAAAAGGGAGAAAACCCUCCAACCUCCACCAAUUUUUGAUCCAAGGCUCUUCCCUCAAGAGCGUUCCAGCUUGGUUGUUCCUUUAGAUGCAUCCAGGUUAAACGUAGUGCCAUUGAAUUUAAUGGAAACGUCGUCAGUACCAGAUUUCAAUAUCGGUCCAGUUACGCCAAAUUUUCCACGACUAUCGUCCAUAAACAUACCGUCGCAUCGACCUUUCGUGUCCAACGUGCAAAUGAACUUUCCAUCUGUCAUGUCGCAAGCAAGUGGUGGACAAGGAAUGACGAGGGAGUUUUCAUUACCACCUAUGACAAUCACUGAAGUCCCUCCACCGCCACCGAAAGAACCUUCUUCUUCGAUGAAAGGAAACUCCAAUCUUAAUCAAGGUAUAAAUAUGGACGACGGUUUGGAAGAUAUGCAAGAAGCAAUGGAAUUUGCAAAGCAGAUAAUGAACUUGACGGAAGAAGUAAAGAACAGAGAUAGGCCAGUUCCUGAGUCAGCAUUGACACCGGCAGAAAUUCCAGUGCCAAUUGAAAUUGCAGAUGCUUCUCUGUCUGUAGAGGAAAGAAACGCGAGUAGUGCAAAGAAGCAGAAGAGGAAAGAAAGUAGAAGUAAAAAAAAUAGGCAAAAUGUUGCAGCUUGCGGGCCAGAGUUGUCUGGAUCGGAGAAACAAGAGGCUAUCGAAACAACAGACAAAGGGCAAACAGUAGUAGAAAAUCAGAGCAAAAGUACAGAGGACGUGUUAUUGUCAAGCGAUCAAAUCAGGCCGAAAGUGGUGUUCAACUUGAAUUCCAAGACCAAGAAAAUACACAAAGCAGAGGAGUGGCACAGGGCCCCUCUAAAUGUCUCGGAAAACAGAGAGAUCUCUCAACAAGGCACGGUGCAAAAUUUAAGCAAAGACAAAUCCAACUCCAAGAAGCAUCAUCCCGCUGAAAGCAGAAACACAAACGCGAAUCAAAGCAGAAAUCAGCAGCAGAAGGAGGUGAAAGUGAAAAAGAACAGUGACUUGCAAGUGGCAGGCAUCUCCACGCAGGAAAAGUCGAACAACGCUCAAAAGUCUCACUGUCACAAGAGUCACAGGGAUUCGGAGAAGUUGCAGGAGAACGCGACAACGUUGCCUGGCAACGUGGCGGGCGCGCGAAAGAGUCAAAAGCCGAGAGAAGACUCUAGAAAGGAGAGCGCCCUCACCACGGAGUCGUUGUGGAAGAGCCGUGUGAUCAGCCGUUUCCUGAAAAUGAGCAAGAACGACAUCUGCAACAUGGUGAACAACUCGAGCCUCCGCAAGUUCGACAUCGCGAUGAGGCAUCUGGUGAAGGAGAGGAAGUCGUCGCUCUCCCUGGAGCUGCGGAACGUCGAGGACGAGAAAAUGAAGGAGUACGACAGGAUCGAAUUUAUGAAUCAGCUGAACGCGAUGCUGGACCCGAGCGCCGUUGUCGGUAUCACGGACCUGCCGACGGAGUUCAUCCACCAUCUGAGCGAGGUUCUGCAACUCGACAUACCGUUCGACGCGCCGGAGUUGCUCCAAAACUCGAGCGUCACGAGUGAGAGAGAAAAUUCCAGCUCGGACAGUCCGAGAGUACCGUCGUUCGCCAAAUGUCCGGAAACUGAGGAACACAAUUUGCAACAAGACAAACUCUCGCGUGCUAAAGAGGACUCUGAUCAUCAUCAUCAUCAUCAUCAUCAUCAUCAUCAUCAUCAUCAUCAUCACGCGUCAAACGAUGCAAACUCUCUGGUCGGUGAGACAGAGAGCGCUCACAAGAAGCAACAACAGCAGCCGUUGUUCAACGAGGCUGACUUGGACGACAUACUGUCUCAAGUCGCGGAGAGAACGAGGACCUUGUCGACUACCAGCCUGUCCGCGGAGCCAGUCGCGGGGACGACCGUCGAGACGCUUCCGUCGACUCGAACAGUCGACUCGAACGCGGAAGCUCCCUCGGAGCGGAUUGCAGCCAACAGACCGGUGGCUGAUCUGGACGAUAUUUUUUCAGCGGGGAUCGUUCGAGCCAAGCAGCUCGGCAACAAUAACAACGCGAGCGUGGAUCGCACGAGGGCGCGGAAGUCCAGCUCCGCGGACCGCAACAGCUCGCUGAGGUACGAGAGAUGGAACAGAAAGGCGCGGCAGGAUCCGGACACUUUCAGGAAUCUGACGAAGGAGGAGUGGGAGGCGAAGUACGGUCACCGCGGCGACGUGCGAGCGGCUGGCCUCCCGCCUCGGAGGAACGCCUCGAGCAGCAGCGCGGAGAAUUUGAGCAAACGUGCUCAAAGACACCGAAGACACUGCUUCUCGGACUCACCCGCCAGACGUUCGAGCAUGAGUCCUCUGAACCGCGAGGUUAUUCCUAACGCGGCGGACAGGUGCGUUGGCGAGGCUACCUCUAACGAGACGAAGGAGGUGGAGAAGUCCGAGAGUAGCAGUUCGAGCAGUUUCAGCGACAGCGAGAGCGAUAGAGACGGCGAGGAGACGAUGGCACCCAACGUGACGAAGUUGCUGAAGGUGAUCAAGGAGAAGGAGAAGAUCGCGAAGAAGAGGUCGCUGAACGAGACGAUCAGGGACGAGGUGGCCGCUGAGAUCGAGAAGGAGUGGAAGGAGAAGAGCAGGCACAAGGAGAGGAGAUCCCGCAAGCGCGAGAGAAGGAAAAGGGACAGGCGAGAGAAACGGAGGAGGGAGAGGAGGAGGAAGAGGUGGCGAGAUUCUCACUCGGGCACUCGAUCAAGGUCGAGGUCCGACACGGGCCAAGUGGAGGAGUUUCGGCUGCUGAGAGAAGACGAGAUCAAGAAAGAAGCGAGGGAGGCGAGCACGUUCGAGGGGAGCUCCUCGUCGACUAGCGAGAUAGCUUCGAACAACAAUGCCCCGAUCGACAACAACAAGGCAUCCGACUCGCGAAACGAAUCUCAAGGCUUGCGAGCAGAGAAGCAUCAACAAGUCUCUGCCCUUGUUUGCAACGAGCAAACCAGGAGCAAACCAUCAACCGUUGUUUCCCCGACGCAGCCGAAAACCAAGGCGCAGCUGAAACAGAUGCCGGAGUCCAAUCGGAUUACGGAAGAAGUAACUGAAACCGCGAUGAACACAGAGAGGACGAGAAAUCCUUCGGAAGUAAACAGCGAGGCAAACGAAACAGCGAGGUGCUGUAGCGAACAGAUAGACAAGGACGUUCAAACUUUGCGCCAAGCUGCUCCGUCGUCCGUUAAGGAGUCGUCAUUGUUUCUUCAGUCAAUUAGUAACAAUAUGACACGUGCAGUGAUACACACGACCGACACAACGUUGAAUACCAACGUUUCUGAUGGCAAUGCGAGUAAACACGAUCAGAGGGCGUGCACGGGGACGACUGUCACGCAGAACAAGGGCGGUGGCAACGGUCACAGGAAGAUAGACAUAAAAGCGUACAAAGAGCGGGCGCUGCAGAGACGUUUGAAGGAGUUGAACGCGACGAGUUUUGCCCCCCCGAGAUCCAGUCACGCUACGAGCAAGCUCAAUGUUGAAUCUGGCUCGUCGGAGCCAGCCAGAGAGACGAACACUGGAGGAACGAGCAAAGACGACGCGAGCCAAGUACAAACGGGGAAGGAUCAGCGAUUGAUUGACAAGGCGAGAUCUGCUACAAUUGCGGAGCAGUCCGACAAGGGGGCGAGAGAGACGAGAAACUGCUCGCAGGAUCGUCAGAGCACGGACGUUGUUGCGCAAAAGACCAAAGAACAGCUGUCGGUUCCUGCUCGAUCCGCGAACACCGGAUCAAACGCUGUCGUGAACGAUCCGAUGAGAUCGAAACUGAAGGAACGCGGCGACAGCAGGCUUGCGUCGCGACGAACUGAAUUCGACGAACCGAAUCCAGACAGAAGGAAGGCACCGAUGGGCCUGAAUUCGAGGAGAAGACCGAGGAGACCGAUCACCUCGGCCAUUGACUCGUCCAAGUUCAAGAACAUCCGAUCCGAGGGGAACAAGGAGUUGAAGUUGAUAAAGGAGAAGGCGAGGAGCUCGAGCGAGAAGAGUAGGAGGCGCUCGAGGUUCUCGAGUAAACUGGAAAACUCGAUAGUGGAGAGUUCGUACAAGAAAGCGGCGGAAAAGAACGGUGAGAAGAAACUGCCGUUGAUCGGAUGCUCGCGGAAGCACGCCAGUCGAGGCGAGUUCGAGAAGGUAAGCGACCGCGAUUCGUCGAAACUAUUCCAGGGCCCCGAAACGUGUUCCGUGAACGCGAGAGCGACGACAAUUGACAGAAACGCAUCGACUUCGCAGAAACGAAUCGACGAUCGUUCCUUAGUCAGAGGGAACAGCCACGUGGCGUUCGUUGGCAGCAACAGGGACAAAAACGUCGCGGUUUCGACACGAGUUUAUAACGAAACGAUCGUUCCAAAUCGGCAGGUCGUAAAUCAGAAAGAAAAAGCGGAGGAGGACGAUGGAGGCUUCGCGAGCUCGGCGAAGAGAAAGGAAAGAAACGUUAUGUCGGUCGAAUCUAUGCCCGUUGAAAGCUCGAACAAGCAGAGAGACGCGUGUAACGACGCGUCAUCGACGGACUCGACGCCCCUUGGCCACGACGAAUCGAUUCCCGCUGAAAAAUGCAUGAGAGGCGCAGCACCUCCUGCCGCUGACCGUGUCGCCAGGGAAUCUCAUCAUUUGUUGAGCGAGCGGAUCGAUGUCGAUAUCGAGAAACACGGCCAUAGGAUUAACGUGAGGAAUUUCAAGAACGACGAGGCCACCUCUGGCCAAACUGACCCUGUUCCGGAGACGAACGUGGUUGAUGGGACGAGCGUGGUUGAAAAUACUGCCGACAGCGAAAGAACAGCGAGAGAACAGCGAGAUGGAUCGGGCAACAGUACGAGAUCGGACGAUUCUGACGAGGUGAGGGACAAGGCAAGAUCUCCUAGUCCGUGUAGCCCGUUCAAGGGUUUUCUCGUCGACACUGUCGACAAUGACAGCUACCAGCUAUCACGAUUAUGUCGUGCAAGGGCAGAGAACGAGGGUGUCAAGAAGAAUUCGACGAAAGAGCAGGGAGAUCUCAGCCAACGAUUGCAGACCAAUCAGCCGUUUAACGAUGAAUCUGUUGUAGAGUCGGGGAAUGGCGGUGACGAGAAGGUAGCAGGAAAUGGCGAGGCGUUGUCCAUCUCCAGCUUGGAGGAAACAACAGUGAACGACGAAGAUACAAAUGUGAAAGAUGACGGUAAGGCCGAGAGCGAAGAAGCGACGAGGGAAGACGAUCAAGGUUACGAUUUCCCUUCCGGUCAGAAGAAAUUCCUAACGGUCGCUGAGAUCACCGACGAUCACGAAACGUUCAACGAUAGCGAGCCGUUCAUCGUUCUGGACGAGUACAUAGACGACACCGAUGGACGAUCGACCGAGAAGUUCAACUCCCUCCCUGACUUGGACAUUUUCACGAUCAAGCCAUUGCUCGGAGAGAAAGAGGGUUCGCCAAAUUUCGACGAACACGAGUGGUCGAGAUCCCUCGGCAAGGGCCAAGAUGCAACAACGCCCGCGUGCGAGAGCGAAAGAGCCACGCUGCCUCGUAGAGAAGACGAAAGAAUUUUAGAACUGUUCACGGACAAAGGUACUGCAAAUACCACGAGCGUGUUUUCUUCAAUUUCAGCGUCGAACGUGGAAUUCAAUUUUGAGACCGCUGUUCCGGAGUGCCCAGCAGAGUGUUCGCAAAAUGUUGUCGACACGACGAAGGAUAUUUCUCAAAAAGGUGACACAAUGGAGAAUGGAACGUCAGUCAGGGAAAGAAAGACUGGGGGAGAGAAAGAGGACGUGUCGAGGGACGAUUCGCCAGUGACGUCCCUUCGGGGCGAGAGCCCGCAAAAGUUGGAGAGAAAUGAGAAUCUUCGCGACGCUGCACCAAAGACGCAACAGGUAAAAGAAGCAAGCGCAGACGUCGCGUCAGCUACAUCCGAGGAGGUAAGGACGCUCGUGAAAGAGUUAACGAUCAACUCGGCCAAGUCAGGUGGAAGGGACAAAAGCAGAGUCUUAAACAACGUGAGGAAUAAGCCGAGAAUGAAGCGCAAAAAGGAGAAGCGGAUUUCGGAGAAGAUGAAGCAUCCGACGACGAAAGAAGCGGUGAUGGCCAGGAUGAUCGAGAUCGACGUGGAGAUCCACAAACUAAUGACAGAGAAGAUGACCCUCUAUCAGAUGUUGACGAGCGACAGUAGCAACGCGGAGGAUAAGGAGAAGCUCGAAUCGCCUGUGAUUCGGCCUCAAACUCCGUCCUUGAUGUCGCAGUUACUUCAAAACAUUGACACUGCUCCUGCGACGAAGGCAGCAGCACACGAGAAAGACAGUCCGGUGAAUCCUAAUAAAUCCAAGACAUUGGGCAAGCACAAUAAUCAUCAUCAGGCAGAGAGGAAGGAAAGUAGUUGCGUCUCCGUUUACGAUUCUGAAAACGAGGAGGUUGACGGCAAGUCGUCGAGGAAAAGAAAGAGACAGAAGCCUGAAAGAUCGGCCAAAAGGCUCGACGCUGACGGGAAGAAACAGAUUGACGAUAACGUGAUCAAAGUGACGUGUAAGAGAGACAACAACGCGAGGCGAGCACCACCGGUUGAACAGGGUCCGCUUUUCUCAGAUCAGACUUCAACGAGCGAGGCGACGAAACUUCAAGAGGACGUUGGGAAUGAUUCGAGUAAAUCUCAAGUGGAAAGUGAAAAGCUGGAGAUCGUGGCGGAUUUCAAUGGUGAAAAUUGUGCAGAAAUGGCGACGAGAAGCAGCGAGGAGAAGAACGAAACGCCGAGCAGGGAGAGCAACGACGCGGAGAAGCUGUCGGGGAGCAAAACGCCGGAGAGGUCGAUAUACUCAGACGACAGUACCUGGGACUCUUUCCUCCAAAAUUCAGGCGCUGACGAUCAAAAGAAACCGAGCACGGGCCUUGCCCUUCUGGAGGAAACGUACAGGAAAGAAAUGGCAAAAGCGCGACGGAUGAGAGAGAGAAUGCGAAAGAGGAAGAAGAAAUUGAGAAACAUGCUGCGGACGCCGGUGAACGCAUUGACCUCCGACGAGGAGGAAUUACCACUUGCCACGCUGUACGCGAAGAAGCUGCAUCGGAAGAGAAGACUGUUGGACUCGUUCGAGCAACGAGCGAAACAACAAUCGAGCGACUGUACGAGCACUGUGCAAAACAGUGACCCGCAGUUGUGGAAGAACGUGGUUGAGGUGAUAAACGCGGUGGCGGAGAACAGAACGGACGAUCUUUACGUGGAAGAGCCAUCCGCAGAGAAAAUAUCAACCGAUACUGGAACGAGUGACACCAUUGUAUUAAAUUCAGGAGAGAACGUUGAAUUGAAAAACGACGAGGAGAAACAAACGGAUACCUCCACGUUAAACGCUGUCGAAGGAGCAUCGACAGAGCUGGUGAAAAUUUCUGAAAAUGAUUCUAAAACGGAUGAUCCGCGAACAAUAUUGCCUAACGAAUCGCAGCAACUUUCAAACAGUGAGCAUUCCCAACAAGAUUUGGAGACCGGUGCGAAAGAUUUGCCUGAAACAUCUACAGACCAAGUAGGUUUGGUAGAAUUCUCUGUACAACAAACUGUAGCGAGUGACAGCGUUGAAAAUAUCAACGACCGAACGACAGAAGAUUUAGAUUCGUAUAACACGGAGUUGAAUUCGAAUAACAUUCCCGACGAUCGGUGUGUGUCGAACGUGCCUGAACGCCCCGAGAAACUCGAAGAGAAAAUUGACGUGGAAACUAAAAAGUCUAAUUUAAAAGACGAGAGUAGUAUCGUGGCGCAGGGUCCUGUCGACAGGCAGUUCGUAACGAAACCGAAAGAGACAAAAAGAUGUUCCGGCAUCCCACUUGAAUCCGACAGUGACAGAAACGUCGCUGUUGCGGAUGAAAUUACAUCCAAGAACAAACCCGACGGCUCUGAAUUGGAAAAUGCAAGCGAGAGCAACGUGCAAGAUCCCCCCUUAUCUCUCUAUGGUAAAGACAGUGCUAUUGGAGAAUCGAAUUGUGCACCUCAGGACAGACAACACUUUAUAAGCCACAGAGAGCACAGAGAGCACAGAGAGCCGCGUAAAAGGAAAGACACUGAGCGAUUCGACAAAACGUCGAGCGAGGAAAACAAUAACCAAAGUUCAUCUCGUAUCGAGAGCACGGAAGUGUCAAAAGAGGACGAUGUAUUUCUCGAUAAGAAGUUGUUGAAACGUAAGAGGGCAAGCAGCAAAAUUCCCGUACGGCGAAGCUCGAGAUACACCGAAGAUACACCAACGAAACGCAUAAAAGUGGAAGCUGACAUCGCGGUUCCAAUUGGAAAGCAAGAUGAGAAGAAUAUCAGAACGCAGUUCCCGUGCGCGUCGUCUACGUCGUCGUCGUCGUGCGAGGAACUCGAGAGCAUACUAGUGAAUCCUAAAAAGUGUCGCGGCGUUCAGAAACCGGCAGCGAACAGAAAGAGAUGCACGCCGACGCUCUCGGAAAUUGAGGCUGCGCCGCACGAGCUGAGCAGUGAAUCGUUUAAAGGGAUUAAAAGACGCAGGAAACACACGAUGUUCGAAAUGUUGAAUUGCGUGGUGCGGCUGGUAGAUUGCAGAGAGACGAUUUUGUGCCCGAACGUCAGCUCGACUGUAUUGCAAAAGUAUAGUAUAGCCAGAGUUAACACGCACUAUACCAAGUCCCCUCAAAUGGAUGCUCUCGUAAGUUCCACGCAGCCGACGUUAACCAAAGAUUCGCCGACUGUGUGCGCGAAACAAACAGCCCAUGAACCUUCGCAGAAUCAGGCUUCGAAAUCGAUGAAAAAGAUUGACGACGCAGCACGAUGUGCCACUGAUCAAACAAGUUCCACUAAUAAAGUCAAGAGAGUGACGAAACCCGCGAAAGUGGAUUUGCCCGUGAACGAUACGAAGGAAUACGAGAGUCCUAAUAUCGUCGAAGUUAUGCCGAUUUUAGUAAAUGAACUCGUUACUAUGGAUAUUGCGCAGAAUUGUGAGAAUUCGGACGUCGAAAUUGUGGAAGAGAGAGCGGGAGUUACUGAAAGUGAACAGCACAGCAAUUCUGAAUCACUAACGACUGUAAUAGCAGAUGCGAGGGAGGACAAAGAACAAGCGAGGACGCAGUACACGGUUCAUAAAGGUCCUAUUUUAGAUAUUAAGGUUUUUGAAAAUUCAUUCCUAGCUGCAAGUGAAGACGGCAGAAUUUAUAGGUAUAAUCAGGCAUCUAACGGAAUAUUAAAUAUCUACAAAGGUCACAAAGCGGCGGUAACAUGUUUAUACGUGUACAAUGUAAUUAGUACAGACAUUAGCAAAGAAUGGAUGUUCUCUGGCUCGUUGGAUGGGACAUUGCGAUGUUACAACAUAAUGACUGGAAUACAAGUGAGAGACACAGCAGACAUAGGUAGUCCUAUACAAUGUAUGGACGAGGCAUGGGGAAUAAUUUUCAUUGGCACCAAGUCAGGCCAUGUAUCACGUUAUCAUAUGAAGACGGGCGUUAUUAAAGGAGACAGUAUACAAUUCUCGGAUAAGUCUGUGUUAGCUUUAAAAGCAACUAACGAGGGUCCACGAAGAGUUCUUAUUGUAGCGUCGCGUAGUCAACCGAUAACAAUACGAGAUGCUCAGAGCGGCCUAUUCCUUCGCACAAUUUGUGGCCAAAAAAGUCACACUGUGUACAGCCUAAUGCGUAAUAGUAAUUUAAUUUACUGUGGCACGAGUAGCACGUCUAUACCAGUCUUUGAUUUUACGAAUGGCGAACAAACGAUGCAGUACAAUGCUGGCGUAGGAAUCGUGUGCAUGCGUCUGUACAAACAACUAUUGUUUGCUGGUUGUUAUGACGGAAAUAUUUAUGUAUUUGACACAAAGGAUCAUCAGUAUCUAUGUAGCAUACCUGGACCUGGUAAUAUGUUGUUAAGCAUGGAAGUUAUAGACAAUAAGAUUAUAGCUGGUAGCAAAGAUAAACGCUUACAAUCAUGGCAAAUGCCUCGACAAGUACGAUCUUUGCUACAGAAGGUGGCUGACAGCAUUUCAUAAUUUGCUUGAUGAGUGCAAAGGACUGAAGUGUAUAAAAUCAACUUUAUUACGGAAACAUUUAUUUGAAUUAAAUCAGUAGAUUUAAGAGACGUGAGUUUGAUUGCAUUGAUGGAAUACAUAUCUUUCCGAAUAAGAAUUGUUACAAUGAUUUGUUUCUUUGUUGCAAGUAUAUAUUUUAUUUCGUUUGUUAAUAAUUUAUUUAUUAUGUUAUUUUUUAGGCAUCGGAUUAUAAUUCAUAAUUUUAUUUGUUUUUAUUCUUAUAUUAUUGCGAGUUGAUUGAUAAAAGAAAGAUGUGUUUCUGCCGAUGUUAUUAACAAAGAAUGUUAAAAUGUAGUUGAAAUGUAUAUGUUAAAGAAGAGAAAGAUCUAUCUGUUAUAUACAUCUAUGAACUAAAAUUAAAAAAGAAAAGAAAAUGCAACACGCAAAGAAAUUAUACUGAAUACACUUUUGUAUUUUGCUUUAUCUUUAACAUAUACUAUUUCAUUCAUUUUGUAUCGUACUUAUAAAAUUAUAUAAUUAUUUACAUGCACAUCAGUGAACGUACUACGUUGUACUUUAUAAAUUCAUUGUGUACCCAAUAUUUGUUACGUGUAACAAUAAAACACUGUUCUCGUAUCUUUGACAAAGUUCAUAACAUUUGUCUUUGAGAACAAAUUUUCUAUGCAAAGUAGCAAUAAUAAUGUACACAAUUUUGAAGUUUUGUAUAUUAAAUUGUACGAAAGUUA